UCAGAUACAGUAUCUAAAGGCAUUUGUGCCUGAAGCCACGGAAGAUAGAUGGACAAGCCAAGCAACUUCUGACUCUGCAUCAUUUUCUGGGGCAAAAUUAUAUGGCAAUGUAUCCUACAAGGGUGUCCGGUGAGGAAUGCAAUGGGAUCAAUAGCAUGUCGGCGGAGAGCGGCCCUGGAACGAGACUGAGAAAUUUGCCGGUAAUGGGGGAUGGACUAGAAACCACCCAAAUGUCUACGACGCAGUCACAGGCUCAACCCCAACAAGGCAGUGCUGUAGGCGUUAAUCCCCCUCCGCCAGAGACUUCCAACCCCAACAAACCCAAGCGACAGACCAACCAGCUGCAGUAUCUGCUCAAGGUGGUGCUGAAGACGCUAUGGAAGCACCAGUUUGCGUGGCCUUUCCAGCAGCCCGUGGAUGCCGUCAAGCUGAACCUCCCUGAUUAUUAUAAGAUAAUUAAAACUCCGAUGGAUAUGGGAACAAUAAAGAAACGCUUGGAGAAUAACUACUACUGGAACGCUCAAGAAUGUAUCCAGGAUUUUAACACGAUGUUUACAAACUGCUACAUCUACAAUAAGCCAGGGGAUGACAUAGUCUUAAUGGCAGAAGCUCUAGAAAAGCUUUUCCUGCAGAAAAUCUCCGAGAUGACCCAGGAGGAAACGGAAAUCGUGAUAGCCCAGACGAAAGGAAGAGGACGCGCGAGGAAGGAAGCAG